GACAGAAAUCCAACAUGAAUUUCAACUGCUGGAAGCAGUAGUUCCAUUAGAACUAUAACUACUGAAGAAAGAGAAGCAUUACACCAAAACCAAACCUCCCAAUGCCUUCAAGCAAUCCAAUCUCUUUCCUACUCUUCCUUCUCAGCCUUUCAAUCUCCCUUCCCAUUUCUGCAUUGAACCAUGAAGGACUCUCCCUCCUUUCAUGGCUCUCAAGCUUCAACUCCUCCUCUCCUCUCUUCUCUUCAUGGAACCAAUCCCACCAAAAUCCAUGCAAUUGGACUUACAUCACAUGUUCUAGAGAUGGGUUAAUCUCAGAAAUCAAAAUCAACUCCAUCAAUCUCCCUACCACCUUCCCUACUCAGCUAUUCUCCUUCAACUCCCUCACCACCAUCAUCAUCUCUAAUGCAAACCUCACCGGAGAAAUCCCACCAUCGAUUGUGAACCUAUCAUCAUCGCUGACCACGCUUGAUCUUAGCUACAAUGCUCUCAGUGGGAGAAUCCCACCCGAUAUGGGAAAGCUAUCCGAGUUGAUGUCUCUCUCAUUGAAUUCCAAUUUCUUGCAAGGCGAGCUCCCCCCGGAAAUUGGCAACUGUUCGAGUCUCCGGAGGCUUGAGCUGUUUGACAACCGGUUCUCUGGAAAGGUCCCAGCAGAAAUUGGACGAUUGUUGAAUCUGGAAAUCUUAAGGGCUGGUGGGAAUGCGGGAAUUCGUGGAGGAAUUCCGGCUGAGAUUUCAAACUGCAAAGGUCUAGUUUUUUUGGGUCUUGCAGCUACUUCAGUUUCGGGUGAGAUUCCAACGAGUUUUGGAGAUUUGAAGAAUCUCAAGACACUUUCGAUUUAUACUGCAAAUAUCUCGGGCAGGAUUCCUCCUCAAAUUGCAAACACCUCUGCUCUUGAGUAUCUGUUCCUAUACCAAAACCAACUUUCUGGGGAGAUUCCCGCCGAAUUGGGCCUGUUGAAGAAUCUUAAGAGCAUUUUGUUGUGGAGUAACAAUCUGACCGGGAAUGUUCCUGAAGUGUUUGGGAAUUGCACUGAUUUGAGAAUUAUAGACUUGUCUUUGAAUUCUCUGACCGGUGAAAUUCCACUCUCAUAUUCUAAUUUGGGCAGGUUAGAGGACCUUAUAUUAUCUGAAAACAACAUCUCCGGGAGAAUUCCGCCUUUCUUGGGGAACUUGUCAAGCCUGAAACAACUGGAAGUGGAUAAUAAUCAACUUUCCGGUGAGAUUCCAGUGGAAAUCGGGCGGUUGAAGGAGCUGACUCAGUUCUUCGCAUGGCAGAAUCAGCUCCAUGGUAACAUACCGUCUGAAUUGGGCAAUUGCGAAAAGCUUCAAGCAUUGGAUCUUUCGCACAAUUUCCUUACUGGGUCUCUUCCUAAUUCUCUGUUCAAUCUGAAGAACUUAACUAAACUGUUGCUAAUCUCGAAUGGGUUUUCGGGAAAGAUUCCUCCGGACAUUGGCAAUUGCACUGGAUUGAUCCGUCUACGACUGGGAUUUAACAGGUUAUCAGGCCAAAUCCCGCCAGAAAUCAGUCUUUUAAGUAGCUUGAGCUUCCUGGAAUUGUCAGAAAAUCAGUUCUCCGGCGAAAUUCCACCAGGAAUUGGAAACUGUACUCGUCUAGAAAUGCUUGAUUUGCAUGAAAAUAGGCUUCAAGGCAAGAUUCCUGCAUCCUUUGAAUUUCUUGUUUCUCUCAAUGUUCUAGACCUUUCAAUGAAUGGGAUCUCAGGUUCUGUUCCUGAGAGCUUAGGAAGGCUCACGACGCUGAAUAAACUCAUUUUAAAUGGCAAUUAUAUUACCGGUACGAUUCCCAAGUCCUUGGGUCUUUGCAAGGAUCUGCAGUUGCUGGAUAUGAGCAGCAACAGAAUGUCUGGUUUGAUUCCUGAUGAGAUUGGCAAUUUGCAAGGACUAGAUAUCAUGUUGAAUUUGAGUUGGAAUUCUCUUUCGGGCCCGAUCCCGGAAGGAUUUUCAAAGUUUUCAAAGCUCGCGUACCUAGAUCUCUCGCACAACAUGUUAGUAGGGAAUUUGAGUGUAUUGGGUCAGCUCGAAAAUCUUGUUUCUUUGGAUGUUUCAUACAAUAAUUUCUCAGGUUAUCUUCCUGAUACUACAUUUUUCCGAGAGCUCCCAUCGAUCUGUCUUUCCGGCAAUCAAGAGCUUUGCACUGGUCGGGAUGAAUGUUUUGUUCAAGUUGGAGAUGCCCAUGUCAGUGAAAGGCCCGGUCGAAGAAACUCAACUCAAAAUGCAGUUCUCCGUGUCGUGCUUAGCAUUGCUAUAGCUCUGGGAUUCAUGCUUCUAGGAAUACUGCUGGUGAUCCGAGCUCGGAAAAGGGCAGUUGGAAGUGAUGAAGAAAAUGAACAUGGGUGGGAGUGGAAGAUCACUCAAUUUCAGAAGCUGAAUUUCUCUCUUGAUGAUAUCGUCACAAAGCUAUUGGAUUCAAAUGUUGUUGGGCAAGGCUCUUCGGGCAAGGUUUAUCGGGUUGAGACUCGAAUUGGACAGGUGAUCGCAGUUAAGAAGCUGUGGCCAGUUAAGAUUGGAGAAUUUUCAGAGCAGGAUUCAUUUUCUGCAGAAAUUAAGACUCUUGGGUCUAUCAGACAUAAGAACAUAGUAAGGCUUUUGGGUUUUUGUACUAACAAGAAUACCAGAUUGCUCUUGUUCGAUUACAUCAGCAAUGGGAGUUUGGCUGGAUUGCUUCAUGAGAAGAAGGUUUUCUUGGACUGGGAUUUGAGAUUUAAGAUUGUUCUUGGAGCAGCACAAGGGCUGUCCUAUCUUCACCACGACUGUAUUCCUCCGAUCGUUCAUCGCGAUAUCAAGGCCAAUAACAUCUUGAUUGGCCUGCAGUUUGAAGCAUAUCUCGCAGAUUUUGGCCUUGCAAAGCUCAUUGAUUGCUCUGAUCAUACAAAAUCCUGCAAUACCGUGGCUGGUUCUUAUGGAUACAUUGCUCCUGAGUAUGGAUACAGUAUGAAAAUCACAGAGAAGAGUGAUGUCUACAGCUAUGGUGUGGUGCUCCUAGAGGUCUUAACUGGGAUGCAACCAACCGAUCAUCGCAUCCCAGAUGGGACCCACAUUGUCAAUUGGGUCCGAUGGAGACUGCAGAAAACAGGCAGACAGGCCAUAGACGUGCUCGACAAGCAACUUCAAGACCAUCCAGAGUCUCAGAUCCAGGAAAUGCUUCAAGUUCUUGGUGUGGCCCUUCUAUGUGUGAACCCUUGUCCAGCAGAGAGACCCACCAUGAAAGAUGUAGCCGUGCUGCUCAAGGAAAUCAGGCAUGAAACAGAAGAAUCCACCAGAGCUGAUAUGGCUCGUAAGGGAUUCAUAGACAACACAAAAGCAGCCCACUGCAGCAGUUUCGCUAGACCGUCUGAACCUCUUAUCAGAUCACCUUCCUUGAUCUUCUCUUCCAGUUCCAGUAGGGUAGCCUUUCAGUAAGGAGAUUUGAAUUGUAUGAUUGCAUGUAUGAUUGAAUCAUUAGGUUGUGCAGAUUUAGUCUUCCCAAGAGAUGGGAGGAGUAGAAAUAUGUUCAAUUGCAGGAAAAAUAA